AAUGCAAGCAAGCUAGGAGACGAAGGUGGAGACGACUGCCAUGAUGGGAUACUAUCUAUUCCCUCCCUUUGGUGUGCCGUUUUAUACAAUGGGCGUCAAAGAACAAAAAAACCACUCGGAAAGCGAGGCGCUGAAGAACUCAAGGAAAACGGACUGGGGUGGAAGGCAUCUUCAUGUUUUCCACAUAUGAUGUUUUUUUUCCUGCUCGUGGCAGGCAGGCAGGCAUAGGUUGUUGGGCCUCUUCUUGGAAUUUGCAUGUGUUUGAAUUCGUUAGCUGGCUGUAUGUACCAAUUUAAGAUUGUACUACAAACAGUGAUUUUUGUGUGUGUAUGCAUAGGAUGUUUUUACGAGGCCAAUGGAGAACGCUUUUUUAUAUAUACACAUCAUUUAUACACAAUUUGUUGUAUCGUCUGAGUCUGCUUUGCUGCUUGAAACCCGAAUUUCUCCUCUUCUAUUGUGUAUGGUUAUCCCAUGUAUGAGUCUACCCUUACUGAUCUAUCUCUGCCCCAUGGCCCAUGCUAGAUGAGUACAAUGAUGUAGAUUUUGAUUUUUAAGUAAUUUAUUGGGGCGAUGUGUUCCAUGUAGUUGACCAGUCCAAGAUUGAAGUUACUUAUUGGAUAGGAUAUGGUUUGUGGGGAAAGAAUUCAGGGCGUCCACUAUAUACGAGGUAGUAGGUGGUUCAAGGAAUCAGAAUAUCAACUGUCAUCAGUAAUCUAUUUAGAGAUGCUUUUUCCAAAGACUUAAGCUACACACAUGAGUGGCAACAGCUGAUGAUGCCUAGGCGAAUAUGGCACUACGCCGUCUCUUCGGUACCGGCUGGCGGUUUCACCUUGUUCUUUUUCGUUUUGACUGCACUUUGGUCUCCCUCGGCUUCGCCCUGCUCGUUAGCUGGGACUUUCUCCUUCUUUUUCUUCUUUUUGACCACCUUGGUACCCUCCACGCUGCCAACCCCGCCCUCUUCUUCGACGGGAGCGGCAGGUUUCUUUUUU